ACAAGGAAACUUUGAUGUUAAGAAAGAUAAAACUUCUGCUGCUGGUUACAUUCAUGAUUUUGAAUUUCAACGUUGUUCGAAGAAAAAUAUUGAUACUUUGAGAAUUUGGCCAACCAACGAAGAAAUUUAUGAUGCAAUAAGAAUUGGGUAUAAACAAGCAACAGUUUUCAACAAAUUUUUAGGAAUAAGAUUAUUGGAAAAUGAAAUUCCCACCAUUUUUCCAAUAUUACAUGAUGAUGAACCAAAUACAUCUGAAAUAGAUGAAAGUGGUAAUAAUUUAAAUAAUCAACUUGUUGAUGAAUCAUGGACUGAUGUGGCAGCAGAGGUAGCAAAAAUUGCACAGUUAGUAGCUAAUGAUGAUAAUAUUACUUUUGAGGAAGAAAAUAAUAUUUCAAAAACAGAAAUCAGUUUUAUUUUAGAUAAUGAAACUUUAAUUGAAGAUAUAGUUUUACCUGAUCAAAUUGAAUUUGAUAUAGAAUUAAUUAGUCAAAAUAAUAUUUUAAAUAUUUCUAAUAUUAUAAAAUUAAGAGAAUUGCAUAAUGCUUUUUCAAGAUCAGAAAAACCUAGUCAGAAAUUCAAUUACAGUGAAUUAUUAAAUGAUGACAAUAAUAUUGAUAGGAAUUCAGCAAAUUCAAUUAUUACAGAAAUGUUGCAAAAUGACAAUAUAGAAGUGAAUAGAUCAAGAAUAUCUCGUUGGACUGGAAGAAGGAGGAUAGCAGAUGUUAUUCCCAUUCCACAGAAUUUAAUUGUUAACGAUAUUGGAAUUGCUAAUGUCAGUUCAUUUCAUCCAUUAGUAGAAAAUGGAUAUUUAUUAUUUAUUAUUGAUGAACAAUUAGUAGUUGGAAAAGUGAUUUCUAUGUUUAAAUUAAUUGGGAAUAGACAUGCUUAUGUAUCUAAUUCUAUUGAUUCCAUUGAUGUUUUAUCUUAUAUUUCUAUAAUUGCAUUUGUUAGAAUCACAGAAGGUUUAUUUUCACAAAAAUGUGAAUUAGGUGGAAACUUAUAUGUGCAUAUCAAGCCUUCACAA